CAACACUGACGCUGUCAUCUUUCUUGUUUGGUUGCAUGCCUGCUUAAGAGAGAAAAGGCGUCUUGUUUUCUUCAGAUUCAGGACGGCUGUCAAGCGUUCUCUAUCUGAAACUUUUUUUUGUACGUAUACUUGGCGAACAGCAGGAGCUUUCCUUGAGAACACGUCCUCCGCGUUUGUGCGAACUGUGCUCCGAAGAAGAUGAGGACGAGUUUGAGCGUGUGCUGCGCGGUGGUGCAGCUCCUAGUCGCUGGCGUGCUCGUUUCUUGCGACCAAGACAAUAACCAGACCAUUACAACAAACAAUGCGACCCUAGCACCAACCGCCAAGUCUGGUAACAGUACAGUUUCUGCCACAACAACUUUGCAAACAUCAAAAGCAAACAUUACAUCACCGACUACUUCUUCAAGCACUGUGAAAAAUAUUACAUCUACAGCUUCCACUGGCAAAACCAGUUUGCAAACAACAGCAAUAAAGAAUGUAACAUCUGUUUCAACUUCUGCUAACACCAGAAGCACCACUACAAAUACAUCAUCUGCUGGUACAGCUUCGUCACACAUUGGUUCAAGAUUUGAUGGUGGUAGUUUCAUUGGUGGUAUUUUACUGACCCUGGGAAUGACUACUCUUCUGUUUUUGGCCUACAAGUUCUCCUAUGCAAGACGUGAAGUGCAGUACCGAACACUUGAUGAACAUGACGCCAUCAUUUAAAAGGAGCAGUCGAGUCAAAGGGCUGCCACUAUGAACACCGGCACGUGGAGAUGACCUUGCUGAGGUUGCUUUAUAUAAAAGAGAAGAUUAAGUACAGUACUUCGACUUACAAAGAGGUUUCUUUAUUGCACAAGCAUUUAUUCUUUUUGCUAUAUUGGCUUAUUUUGGCAGUAAUAAUUUGUUGUGGAAUACGUUGCUUUUACACUUGAGCUACUUUUGCCAGACUUUUUUUUCCCUAUGAAUGUUAUGAUAAAUAUGUAAAGUAUAUGUUAAAUGCAAACCACUUUUAAAUGUGAUGGGCAGGAUAAUUGUGGAGAUUUAAAUCCAGUGAAGUUUGGGAAAUGUUUUUAACAGGUAUUGUAACAAUGGAUUUUUCUCUCCAAAUGUUUUUCAAAAAUUGCUAAGGA